AUGGACAAGUCUUGCAAAGAUGUCACUGAACAGUUCAAGGAACUACAUGAAUAUCUCAUGGUGGAGGAACACAAGAUCAUGCAGCAACUCAUCAAGAGAAUGGAGGAGAUGGAGACUGUCACAAGUGAGAUCGUCAAGGAUGUCAUUGAUGUAAAUAUCAUACUCAACAAAGUUGCACCAGAGAGUCGUGACGAUGGUAAAGAAAUUGGCACAAUAAUUGAAUCUAUUGCCACAAGCUCAUCAAUGGAUGAGUUCGUCUACACUCUCCCUCAGUGUACCCAACAGCAAGGCAACGCGGAUGGAAUGAGUAUCCUGUCGAUGAUACAAAGGGUCCAACAGAGUAUGACCAAUGAGCAUGAGGUAAUCAAACCUUUGAAAGUAAAUAUCAAGACUGCUCAGAUCGAUGACAUCAAGAAACAGAUCCAAACAUCCUUUGUCAUAAUCGAUCAAGAGACAUACGGGCCUGGAAUUAUCAUCACACAUUCGGGAAUCACCAUUUCAAUGCUCGCACUUAAGGACAAUAAGUGGACUUCGAUCAAGGAAAAGUGGUCUGACAGAAAGUGCGCUUUCUCCUCAUCCGUCUAUGCCAGAGGUCAUGUCUAUGUGUUUGGCGGUACUGAAGCACCAAGUAUCAAGGGAGGCGCGUACAUUUCCACUUGCUAUGACGGUGGAAAAUAUAUCUACUUGAUUGGCGGUACCGAUGAUACGAACAGAGUUGAUUGUCUGAAUAUUGAAACUCAGGCCUUCUCAAAUGUUGGAAAGCUACCUGUUGAAAUGACAUCAUACCCGGCAUCUGUUUAUCAUGAUCAUAUUAUCUAUGUCUUGGAUGCAACCAAUCUCUACAUGUUCAACGUCAUAUCCAAGAAUUACAUCAAGAUCACCAACGAACAUUUGAAGAAAGGUCCAAACUACUCAAUAUGCUUUGAUGGCGUGGACACACUCUACAUCCUAAACUCCAAAGUAUUCUUCAGUUGGUCAAUAUCGACAAAGCUUUCAUACCAACUAUCAUCGCCAACUACAGUGUAUGAGUAUGCCCGCAUUGUUUACAAUCCAUCAAAUCAUAAUAUAAUAGUACUUGGUGGCAAGAAUAAGAACUUCAGCUACUCAAUCAAAGACAACAACUGGAGUCCACUUAAUGAUGAUGAUCCAGUUGUUGAUAGAUAUGGAUAUGGUGCAAUUUAUAUUCCAAACUGA